GUUUCCCGCAGAUCAAUUAAACGUUGGCCAUUUACAUGAUGUCGAUUCGCUUUCGCAUUCAAUACUAGACAACAGUCUGAUGUGUAUUAGAAUGUCCAACCUUCGUUCAUUUGUCAGGUACCAGAGUAACGUUCUCGAUUCCUGGAAUGCAUGAAAUAUUUUCCUAGAAAUGGUGAUUUGAUUCUGUGUAGCCUGUAAGUACGGUGUUUUGAGACUAAAAAUUACAUGAAAAAAUUUCUCAAUUCUGAUUGGCUAAGAUCAGUGCCAUUUUUUCGAAAUACAGUGCGAAAAAAUGAAAGGCUAUGCUCCAUAAUCAGACAUCAAUUUUACUGUUCACUGGCAAAUAUUAUAUUUUUGUAUCUACGUAGACUCUACGUAUACUGUGAGGUUGAUAAAAGUGAAGAAUAAAAGUAUGAAUCUGAAAUCAUUUGUCGUUACACAAAGCAAUUUUCCAUGCAGCUUGGAACCCAAUUAUUGUUCUGGCCCAAAAAAAUAAAGCUGAGGCACGCUGAGGCAUUCAAAUUCUAACAAUACGUUAUUUCAAUAGUUUUGGUUUUUGGGAGACACCCUGUAUUGCAGGGGCAUUUCAAAUAAUCUGGGAAACUAUAACCUCAAGUUUUAAGGACUAACUAAGGGGAGUUGGGUGUGCUAAUCAUCCUUACUUCCAGCUGAGAGAUAUUAAGCUGCAUUACAAAGGACGCAUCUCAACCUGAUGGAGUGAAGAGUUGCUAAGAGUGUCUCUGGUUGCCACUGUAGAUAUUGGAUAAGCAAUACUUUUAUUGUCAAAACCUACAUCUAUAAUUAAUUUACUGACAAUUUCUGCUGUAUACUUCAGCCUAUUGCAUGAAAUUAUACGAAGAACAUGAGGGUCACAAGACUUGCACAAGGACAAUGUCGAAAUUUUAAUGUGUAAUUCAAUAUUCAGGAAUUUAAGGUUUAUUCUGCUCAAAGUGAAACUAAGCACAGACCCUGCAGUAUCUCGAGCGAUUUUGUCUGCUCUUUCAAACGACUUGCUUCAUUCCCUUUCUUCGAUCACAAGUCAAGCACAGUGUUUCAAAUUCUAGCGAUGUAAAUAAACUGGAAGUUAAAUUCUAGAUCUUGAAGGAAUAAAAGCCACGGUAAGAAUCGAAUUAACUAAUUAAUUUAAGUAAUAUAUAAUCAUAAGGAAGCUAAAAUAUUAGACAUAUCAAAACAACAAUGUCACUUCAGCCAUAUAUCUGAAAGGAAAUGGGUAUUUAGAACUUUAUCUUUGGUUUUAGAUGUGGGGGCUGACUUUGUUUAGAAAGGUAAUCUACAAUUACAAAUAGCAGAUUUGGUUUAUAGUCAUAUUCGUUGAUGCAGAACCGCCAUUGACAUGUAGUCAUGUUAGUGCAUGCUUUCACAAAUAAUUGAUGUAAUAUACCAGAUCCGGCGAAUGUGAGGAUUUUACCAGAUAUCCAGUUCACGCAAUUAGUUCAGUACGAGGUUAUACUUAAAGUGAGGUGAAUUUAAUCCAGUCCAAGGACUGAAUUAAUUUUCAUUCAGUCCUUGGAUUGGAUCAAUAUAUUUCACCAGAUAUACCGUAGUAUCAUGUGAGCGAAAUAAAGUAAUAUGUACUAUUUAAAACACGAGCUAGCAGGAGUGCUUUAUCACAUAUAAAAUACGCUGGGGCGUAGGAACAUGGGGGGGGGGGCACGUGUCCUCCCCCCUCAAAGGAACAAAAGUGCCCUUUUUUUGUGAUGAAAAGUGUCCUUUUUGUACAAGCUAGUGUCGCUGUAAAUACUAAAUUAACAUCAAAGGUGCCCUUUUCGUUUGGAAAUUUCGAUGUUUUAAAAACAAUUUGGUCAAAAACGUGCAAUUUCGGUAUAGUGUGCCUAGAAAAUUUUUCUUCCUCCACGUCGCCAACAAUUCCAGGAAAACUUUUUAAGAUGCCCUUUUCAGUAUCCAAAAGUGCCCCUGGAAUCCGCCCCCCCCCCAAUCUUUUGAUGCUUCCUAUGCCCCUGAAAAUACGAGAGCGCAGCUCGAGUGUUCUAUCACAGAAUAAGGUACACAGAAGGUCGACCCGAGUAACCGCUGCCACGCCAUGAUUCAUCAUCAAAAAUGCUGACGCCAUGGUCCUAGCCAGUGCGCGUUUAAGAGGCAUUCCCCCCCCUGGACGUCCGACAUUUUGAAUAUUGUCAGGGGGGUGAAUGCCUCUCAAACGCGACUGGCUAGGACCAUGGCGUCAGCAUUUGAUGACGAAUUACGGGUUACGCCAAAAUCAUUGGAAAAUCAUAGGGAAAACCAAGAAGUCGGCCUUCUGUGUACCUUAUUCUGUGAGUCUAUAUAACCUAGUUUCCAUUUGGUCGUUAGUUGUUUCUGGCACGGUGGCUGAUGUAAUAGAGUGUCAACAAAACUUUAUAAAACUCUGCAAUCAUUAAGACUGAUUUGCAUGUAACACACAAACAGACUAUUAUAAUAUUAGACUAUUUCACAUCGUGCCAGCGACAACUAACGACCAAAUGGAAACUAGGCUUAUCUGAUAAAACACGGACUGCGAAUGUUUUAAAUGGCUUAAAAAACGACUCGUCCGAUGAGUUCACUGGCGAAGUAAUUUUAGAAAUAAACCUUUUUUAAGCCGAGAGAAUCAAUGCUAAUAUUUAUAUAAAUGAACAUAAUUUUUCAUCACAUAUAAAACCGCCGAGAGAUGAUAUAAUGAUUAUCAUGAAUUACUAAUGACUUUUUUGAGGUUCGUUGAUUUAUAAUUACUCAUGAGUUUGAGAUUUUUCCGUAUUAGUGUUUCAUAUUAGUGAACAUAAAGUGGCUCGAUAUGGUUUUUCAAAACUGGAAAAUUCACGAUUUAGAUCCGUAUUUUUGGAGAAUUAUUACUUGUUGAAAAACAAAAAUAUCUUACUGAAAUAACACAACAUCUAAAGGGUUUCAAGUUUUUCACAAAGACUACGCAACUGCCGUUCCUAUGACAACAGUGCCGUUUCAAAAUGACGGAUUUUUUUUGCUUUAAAGUAAUUCAACUCGUAAACGACAUCGGUGACCUCCAAUUUUUAUUUCAUAAAAUGAUUCCCUUUAGUAUACUCAAUUAGUUUGACAUUUAAAAAAAAAUUGUUUAGCCAAAAUUUUUCAAGUUACGUAAAUGUGAUUAUUCAUAAUAUUUUUUUUUGACUGAGCAGAAUUUUUUUGUAAUUGUCAAAAUAAUUGAGUAUACUAAAAUAAAUUAUUUUAAGGCAAAACUUAAAGUACUUUAAAGGCAAAAUGUCCGCCAUCUUGAAACGUCAUUCUUGCUAUAACAACGGCAGUUGCAUAAGGUUUGUGAAAAAAAUUGAACCCUUUAGGCGUUGUUUUUCAUCAAUAAGGUACUUGCUUUUCAACAAGUAAUAAUUCUCCAAAAAUAUGGAUCUAAAUCGUUAAUUUUCCAUUUUUUCAAAAGCUGUAUCGAGCCACCUUAAGCAAGCGACGUUUUUGUGAACACGGACGUCGCGCGAAAAAUGAUAUAACUCAUUCUGGCGGCAUUUUUGCAUCAUAGCGUUCAUGUAAGAAACUGCAAAAAAAACUAUAAAAAUCUUAAACUGACACAAACACAGUUUUUAAGAUCCAGUCCCCUCUCGACAAUCUGACGUCCGUAUUCACAAAAAUGUCCCUUGGUUAAGCUUCCUAUUAAGUAUAAAACGAUAUCUAACGGCAUCUCUUUUCUUAUAUUUCUCAAGAUGUUGAUUAUAAGAAAGACAUGGAUAAAACUCGUGAUCAUGAAUUCUUGAAGUGAAUAGAAAAUGGCGUCGUACGACACUGGUUAUGAAGACGAACUAUUUGAACAUCCAGUCGGCCCGAGCUCUCAUUGCGGUAUUUGUUACAAUGUUGUUAAAAACCCCGUUAUGUGUCGUCAUAAUGAACAUCUAUUCUGCCGAGCUUGUAUCACCAGACAUCUCAUGAACUCCCAGACAUGUCCUUUGUGUUUGGAACCACUCGCCAUCGAGACUUUGAGCCAACCAUCGCGGACCAUAAUGAACUUACUGUCGGAAUUAAAAAUUCGUUGCCAAUUCUUCAAUCGUGGUUGUGAAACGUUUAUUGAGUUAGGAAAUCUGGAGAAGCAUAUUAGAGUCUGUGGGUUUGCCCCGGCAGUCUGCUCUAACGAAGGUUGCCGACUUGAAGUGAAUAAACAAGAUUUAUUGCGCCAUGAAACAGCUGUGUGUGAACUACGCAGAGUUCAAUGUCAUAACUGUAAUGACAUACGACACGAGAUGGAUGUCGUGAAAGUGAAUUUGGCAGCAGUGAAUGUAAAGUUGAAUGAAGUUGUUGAAAAGUUGGAUAGAAAUGAGAAAAAGUUGGAUAGAAAUGAGAAAAACCUGACAAGAACUGUGGAAAACAUCGCAGUAGUCGUGGAAAAUGUGGAUGCAAAAAUUGAACUGGUUCAAGGACAACUUAGCAAGCAGAAAGAAACGAAUUGUCAGCUUAAAGCAGAUAACGUAACAAUGAAGGAAAGUUUAAACAAUAUUACAAAACAACUGGAAAAAAUAACACAACAAACAUCACAUACAGUUCAGGCUGAGAAAGGGAAGAAAGGAAUUGCGGAAGCUGGUGGAAUAGACAAAGAGCCGAAAAAUGUUAUUUCUGGAGGUUGGAAUGGUGGGAUGUUAAUUCUUUGCACUAGACUCAGUUUCACUAGACUCGUAAAAACGCAAAAGUUGUAACAAACCUGCGGCAGACUUGUAGCAAUGCCGUUCCAACAACUUGUUAACAAGAUAUGUUCGCACUGCUUGUUCCCAACUUGUUGACAGCUUCAUGAUUUUUUUUCUGUUUUGGUGACAGCUUGCUACAAGGUUGCAAUUGGUGAGCUCAACAGACUUGUUACGGGUUGUCCCAAAUGAAUCUAUUUAAUAUACAUAUCUCCCAAUGGAUUAGAUUUUGUGAGGGGAUGGCAAAAUUGAAAAAUUUCUUAAUUGUCGAAAGCAAAUAAAGGCCUUUUUCUGGAGGAGUACUAAAAUUUUUUCUUUUAAAUUCUAUUGUUUAAAUAGUAAAUUUCCAAAUUUCAAAAGGAUCUACAAAAAAAUUUUAUGGCAAAAUUUCUAAAUGGCCAAGAAUAUUUUAGACCUCAUCCAUAGGGGUAUUAUAUGGAAUGCCUUAUAAAGAAUACCGAGAUUAUUACUGUUCCGUCAGGUAUUUCAGAAUAGCUGAAUAAUGGAAAUUUUGUCCUCGGCAGGUUAACAACAAAAUGCCCCUAGCUCCAAAGCUGCCCCCAAAGCAACAAUUUUCUUGAUGCAAGAUUGCUUAAUCGACAAUAAAAUCCUAACUGCAUCAGUGCCGGAUAAUAUGCAAUAAAACAUAAUAUAUCGUAAAACACCGCUUCUCCCGUUUUACAAUCAUGAGUCAUAGGGAAAUUUUUAUGAUGUUAUAGAGCCCCCUGAGAAAGUUUCGCCCUGGGCGUCCCGUAAAGUAAAGUCAAUUGCUAUUAGCCAUUUCCCAAAGUCCUGGGUCUAGUCGCGCAAAUCCCAUGUUGGAGGGACAAGAAAUAUGACAGCACACAUUUUAAUUAAAAGUUUAAUAUAAAAAGGAAAUCUUUCAUUUUUGGUCUACUAAAAAGUUGAUAUUUGAUGGUAGAGACGUCUAUUCUUUCACAUAUUUGACGUCUGGCACCAUAUAUUUUGUCCCUCCAAACGAUCCCAGAAUGCACUGUGAUCUUUUGGGGAAAAUGCUCAUUAGGAAACUUUAAGGAAGAAUAAUUAAUUAACGUCUAUAGCGGUUAAUAGUUUAGUCAAAGGACUGGAUUCCAAAUUUGGGACAUGAUGAUUAAGUUCUACAAUGUUUGGAAUUUUACUUUUAGGAACUUCGAAGUUAUCAGUUGGUAUUUCGAAUAGAAUGAAAGGAAGAACUACUACUACUGUUACUUCGCCCAUGUGGCCGGCAGCUUCGGGCGUUCUGAAUGAUGUAGCAUCUGUCAAGUGGAUUAAAUCCGAAAUUUUCAAAGCUCAAAGUGGAUUGUGGGCCACCAGAUUGGAACACCUGUACAAAGAGAAAUUCAAGAAAGUUUUACCAGUGAGUUUCAUACAAGAACUGAAGUUUAGACCUGAUAUUGCGACAGUCGAGGAACCAAUUUCUGGACGGUAUUUACUUUACGCUCCACGAAAGCAGCAGGUAUGGCAGAGGUGCAGUCUGCAGUGGUGCCUAUAAAUUACUUUGAAUUUGUGCUCGAGUAAAAGUAGAACUGAAGUAAUUAACAAUAAAACUACUUGACUAACAGUAAAAAAGUAUUGGAGGCAAAACAUACUUAAGUAAAAAGUACAAAGUAUCCUUAAAACAUACUUGAAGUAAAAAAGUAAAAGUACUAUUGUCUGUAGCGUGUGGGGAUUUGUACUCGAGUAAAAGUAGAACUGAAGUAAUUAACAAUAAAACUACUUGACUAACAGUAAAAAAGUAUUGGAGGCAAAACAUACUUAAGUAAAAAGUACAAAGUAUCCUUAAAACAUACUUGAAGUAAAAAAGUAAAAGUACUAUUGUCUCAGAAGCGUAGAUUUGAAAUUGAGCAAGCAACUCCAGGCUAAUUCAAAUGGGUAUAAGUAACAAUAAAACUACUUGACUAACAGUAAAAAAGUACUGGAGGCAAAACAUACUUAAGUAAAAAGUACAAAGUAUCCUUAAAACAUACUUGAAGUAAAAAAGUAAAAGUACUAUUGUCUGUAGCGUGUGGGGAUUUGUACUCGAGUAAAAGUAGAACUGAAGUAAUUAACAAUAAAACUACUUGACUAACAGUAAAAAAGUACUGGAGGCAAAACAUACUUAAGUAAAAAGUACAAAGUGUCCUUAAAACAUACUUGAAGUAAAAAAGUAAAAGUACUAUUGUCUGUAGCGUGUGGGGAUUUGUACUCGAGUAAAAGUAAAACUGAAGUAAUUAACAAUAAAACUACUUGACUAACAGUAAAAAAGUAUUGGAGGCAAAACAUACUUAAGUAAAAAGUACAAAGUGUCCUUAAAACAUACUUGAAGUAAAAAAGUAAAAGUACUAUUGUCUGUAGCGUGUGGGGAUUUGUACUCGAGUAAAAGUAAAACUGAAGUAAUUAACAAUAAAACUACUUGACUAACAGUAAAAAAGUACUGGAGGCAAAACAUACUUAAGUAAAAAGUACAAAGUGUCCUUAAAACAUACUUGAAGUAAAAAAGUAAAAGUACUAUUGUCUGUAGCCUGUGGGGGGGGGGGCUUCUCCAAUCCUACUAUGUGCCAAGUGGCAGGGAUUGAACCUGCGCAUGGUCCUGCGACUCCGGGGCGGCGCCAUUGAACUAUAAAUAAACUGGAAGGCUAACUGCUAUGAUGAAGGCCUAUGAUUUGAUGAAGCCAAAAUAGUUUUUCUUAGUUAUGAGCAGAAAUAGUUGACCCCAAACGUUGGGCCAUAUAUCAAAUUGAAGCUAUUGAAAAUUGCUAUUCGGUGUGGAAAUUUCAAGACUUCAGCGAAAAGAAAACUAUUUAAAAGAUACAAAAACAACUGCAAAAUGGCAAAUUAUCGGUAAUUUUGUUUGUAGUUUUUCAAUAUUUCUUGAAAUAUUGAAAUUUCCUAAAGUCUUGAAAUUUCCACACCAAAUAGCGUUUUUCAAUAGCUUCAAUUUGAUAUAUAGCCCAACGUUCAGUGUCGAGUAUUUCUGCUCAUAACUCAGAAAAACUAAAAUGCACUGGCCUCAAUCCCCCCCCCCCCUGAGUUAGCCUUCCAGUUUAUUUAUAGUUCAAUGGGCGGCGCUCGAUGAUUUCACUUCAGUCGUAUGUGAGAAGAGUACUUUCAAUUUGGCUCUACCAAACAUCACAGAAGGCACAGAUUUUCAAUGGAUAUUCGAGUUUGGGUUUUCUCUUGUAGCAGUAGGGGAAAUGGUUUAUCUGGAUCUCUAGGGAGAACUGUUAAUUUAGCACCGAUGGAGUUAUCCAGCAUAAAUAAAGUUGAUUUAGUUUAGCUUUCCUCUUGUACUGUACUGACACUGGACCAAUAAGAGAUGUCCCUUACCAGACUUCUAAAGAGAACAAUUUAGAACUGAUAGAUCUAUGUAAUAAAUAUAGUUGUCGUUAACAGUAGUUUCGGGCUUUUUAACCUUUUUUCUAUAGGGAGAACAGUUAAUUUAGCACUGGAGUUAUCCAGCAUAAAUAAAGUUGAUUUAGUUUAGCUUAGGGCUUUAGGUAUCAGAUGAACUUGUCCCUUGGACCCCCCCUCAUAAAAUAUGUACGCAUAACUCACCAACCCUUAAAAUUGUUUGUAAAGUACAUAGUUUAAUUACAUUAUAAUUAUUCAGGCAAGUUUGUCCAAACAAUUAAUUUAUUACAAGUGUAAAAUAACCCUCAGUGUUACAAGUAUGUGUUUUAAUUAUCUUACAGCCUCCUCCAACCAAGACAAACCAACGACAUCAGACUCAAGUGAAUGUAAAUCCAGACUUUGCUCUGCCAUACUUCCUUCCAGAUGUUGGGUAUGCUCUUUUGCUUUUUUUAUUGAGUUUCAUUUGAGAUCAUCAGCACUUUUGGGUAAUAUUAGCUUGACUGAUAUGCCAUAAGUUUGUCAGCAAGUUACUUCAAUUUUUCAGAAAAUCAAUUGUUGUCUACAUAUCUCAUACGGAAAAUCCGAGUUAUUUCUACGUGAGUCGUGCAGAUGCAAUAUCGGAAAUGUUGAGUGAGGAAAUACUGAGUCAUUACAAG